AUGAGAAAGAGCAGUUUGGCUUGGCCAGCCCCCGCCCCAGCAGAGUUUAAAUCCCAGCCCAUCGCACAGAAGCACAGCAUUGAUCGCAGUGCGAUGCUGGGCCAGCGCAGCCUCCUCCUGGUGCUCCUGGCACUGCUCACCCUGGCCCAGCAGCAUGGCCGUGGGGACCAGGGCGCUGCUCCCACCUUCAGCGCAGCCCCACAGGGACGCUGGACCCCCACUGCCCCACCUGCCCCCCCCAAAGCUGGUGAAUGCCCAGCAGGGGCGAGUGGAGCCCCUUGGCCCCCCGGGCUGUACUGCCUCUCCGACCACAGCUGUCCUGGUGCCGAGAAGUGCUGCCAGAGUGGGCAGGUCUGGACCUGCCUCCUGCCCACCACAGAGAGCCCAGGCUACUGCCCCCGCGCUGGCAGCGCCAUCGGGCCGAGCUGCGGGGCGAGCUGCCACAACGACACCACUUGCCACUCCGGGGAGAAGUGCUGCACCCGCGGCUGCUGCACCCGCUGCGUGCACGCCAAGCCAGCCAAACCCGGGUUCUGCCCACGGAAGCGUGCCCAGAGGAGCGCUGCCGCCUGCCCCAACCGCUGCACCGAUGACCGGGACUGCCUUGGGGACCACAAGUGCUGCUUCUCUGGCUGUGGGCUGGCCUGUGCCCCUCCAGACACAGGUACACCCGGCGCGUGCCCCAUGGUGCUGAGGGGCUCCCUGGGUCCCUGCCUGGAGCUGUGUGACACCGACAGUGACUGCCUUGGGGACGACAAGUGCUGCACCACCGGCUGUGGACACGUCUGCAAACCACCCACCAAGGUGUGGCCAGGGCUCUGUCCCCCUGCAGCAGAUGGUAACCAUGCAGACAAGUGCCUCCUCCUGUGCCUGCAGGACAAGGAUUGUCCCACCAGCCAGAAGUGCUGCCAGCAGGGCUGCAGCCGGGUCUGUGUCCCCCCGCUGUGGGGCACAGCCUAGCCCUGGCCAGGAAGAGCUGCACAGG